AAUAUGGAUAAAAAUGUAGAUGAAUUGGAAAAAUGGGGUUUCCCAUUGGUGGAGCUAUAUCGAAUGGCUUUGCAAUUUUACAAACAAAACUCUGGAAAGGCUUUGCAUCUCUCCUAUGAGGAUAAUCUAAAGUUGAUUGCAUUUAAACAACAACAACAAUGUGGUCCCUUCGAUCCCAAGACAGCACCCGAAUUGGGUGUACUCGAUGUCAUUGGCAAAGAUCGUCGUAUGCAUUGGCAAAUGUUGGGUGAUAUUAGCCGUGAACAGGCCAUGGAAGGUUUUAUUGAUUUGCUGGAUACAAUGUGUAGUGCAUUCCGGCCAUAUGUGGAAGCGGUACGAAAAAAUCGUGAUGAAACGUUGAAAGAAGAAUUGAAACGUAUGGAAAAGGAGAAACAAGAAAAGGAACGUAAAGAACGGGAGCAGCAAGAAUUACUGGAAGAGGGUUAUAAGGAGGAAAUGCAACGUAGACAACUGCAGGAUGCACUGAAUAAACAAACAUAUCAACAGUUUAAGACCUAUGCUGAAAAACAAUUUCCCGGUAAUCCCGAACAACAGGCGGUACUAAUACAUCAACUGCAACAGGAACACUAUCAUCAGUAUAUGCAACAGCUACAUAUGCAAAAUCACAAUGUGGCUGGGGAAACGAUGACUGCAACAAUGACAACAACCCACAAUAAUAACAACAGUUCCAUGACAACAGUUCCACAUGAUAUUGGCAAUGCCAAAUUGUCAAUCGAUGAUACUCAGCAACAGCAGCAGCAUCAACUGCACGAUGAAAAUUUACAACAGUUGCAAAAUCACAACAGCGAUGAUGAUGAUUAUGUCUUGAUACAACCGGCUAAAAUAUGGACCCGACCAGAUAUUGAAGAAUUUAAGGCUGAAGUCUCGGCUGGAGAUGGGGAUGGUGUUAUCACAAUUGGUCAUGGUGAUACGGUUACUGUACGCGUUCCAACCAACCUCAAUGGCAAAUCAAUAUUUUGGGAAUUUGCCACAGAUAAUUAUGACAUUGGCUUUGGCAUCUAUUUCGAAUGGAGUAAACCGGUAAGCCAAGAGGUUACGGUGCAUGUCAGCGACAGUGAUGAUGAUGAUGAAUUUCUCGAUGAAGAUUAUCUCUCCACCAAUGAGGAUUUGGAAUAUGGUUCAGUGGCAAAUGAACGCAGUAAUUUGGCCAAUACAAGUAGUUCGAUAAAACCACCCAUAUCCAUAAUUGUACCCAUUUAUCGUCGUGAAUGUUUUAAUGAGGUCUAUGUGGGCUCCCAUAGCUAUCCGGGAGAGGGUGUUUAUUUGUUGAAAUUUGAUAACAGCUAUAGUAUAUGGCGUUCAAAAACUUUAUACUAUCGGGUGUAUUAUGAACGUUGAG